CACACAGCCACAUAAAAUCGAAGUUUGACAGACUCUCAAAGUUGAACUGUUGGAGCACGACGUGUGCUACUUCUUGCAGGUAUAAAAUUGUGAACUUUCUGACACAAUGAAUUGGGCUUUCCUUCAAGGCCUGCUCAGUGGGGUGAAUAAAUAUUCCACAGGAUUUGGCCGUAUAUGGUUGUCCGUCCUCUUCCUCUUCCGAGUCUUGGUUUAUGUGGUGGCGGCAGAAAGAGUUUGGGGAGAUGACCAAAAAGACUUUGAAUGCAACGUCAAGCAACCUGGUUGUGAAAAUGUCUGCUUCGAUUACUACUUCCCCGUCUCCCACAUCCGACUGUGGGCUCUGCAGCUCAUCUUUGUCUCCACUCCAUCCCUGCUGGUGGUCAUGCAUGUCGCUUACAGAGAAGAAAGGGAGAGGAAGAACAAGCUGAAAAAUGGGGAGACUUGUCACACUCUUUACGGUGACACAGGGAAAAAGAUAGGAGGACUGUGGUGGACUUACGUUAUCAGCCUUGUCUUUAAAGCAGGGAUUGAUAGUGGGUUUCUGUACAUUCUUUACACCAUCUAUAAAGAUUUUGAAUUGCCUCGCCUUGUUAAAUGCGAACUACCCCCUUGCCCGAACACUGUGGAUUGCUUCAUAGCCAGACCCACUGAGAAGACCAUCUUCACCAUUUUUAUGGUUGUUACUGCAGCCUUGUGCGUUCUUAUAAAUGUCUGUGAGUUUACAUACCUUGUAAGUAAGAGAAUUGUGUCCAGUUGCUGUUCCUCAGGCAGUCGAAAGCGCACAAGUCAAUCCACAAGGGCCUCAACUGCCUUAUUUGAAAAGCCAUCCAGUGCAAACUUCAGUUCAGAAGAUAAGUCAUUUGCUGGAAAUCAAAGUCCAAAUGUUGUCAUUCAUUUGAAGUCCUGAAAUUUCCAAGUCAAAAGUUAUUUCCAUUUGAAUGUACUGAACUAAUUAUGUGCAGAACUUCUUGCAAAGUAUUUUUCUCCAUCUAAUGAAUACUUAGACUCAACAAGCAAUCCUUGAGCUGGCCCCAUUUUGUAUGAUGAUAAAGCUUCUCUAUUAAGCUUUAAGUCACUUAUAGAAGGUCUUCACAUUAUCCAGUCUCUGGUUCAAGGACUUCCUGUGUCAUUGAGCACAAUAUCCAAUUUGCAGGUACAGUGAUAUUACUUGACGUCAGAUUAAAUUCAAUCUGGCCUUAUUUUGGUUUCAUCAGUCGAUCCAUGAUAGCUGUUAAGGAUUCCAAUAAAAAGAUUCAUAAAUAAAACUAUAGAAUGUUAAGGAGAGUAAGACGGAAGAUCAUGCAAAAUCUUUUCAAUUAAGUGUAAAGUUUACAGGACAGAGUUAGCAGUGGAGACCAUUGAAGCAAUUACAUCAUCAAACUAAGAGAGAAAAACAAAGCAACGACCACCUCCACCAAGGAAGUAUCUAAAAAUCUAACCAACAUGCCCAUGGCACCCAAAAUCACCUCUGAUCUCUUCACUAACAUCCUUGGGGAGUCGGCAUGGACUAGAAACUCGCCUGAACCAGUCACAUAAAUGAUAUGGCUACACAAGCAGGUCAGACACUUGGAGUUCACAAACACAAUCUGUCUCCUUCAUGAUAGCAUGCUAUAACAGUACUGUGCAAUGUCUCCACUAACGAGCAAUUAUUCCUGUCAAAAUAGGCACCAAAAAGGACUUGCCAUCAAUGCUUUUCAUGAUUUUUAAUGCCGUAAUGCUACAGCUCAUGUCUGAUAGGCUUCCCCAACAUCUGUUGACAGUGAGUUGCACUGAUGGUAAGCUCUUUGGCAUUAAUAACUAAAGUCAAAGCUGAGAUACCACAUUGGCAAUUGGUGAUGUUCAAGUUAGUUCUCACCCUGAAGGACAACUUCAACAGCUUGUUUAUGUAUUCGCCAAAUUCUACAAUAGCAUGAAACUACUGGAAGACCAAAGUCCACUACCAAUACUCCUCAUAUCCAACAACUUCAAAUAAGAUUGUUGGGGAUGUGCAGGAAAAUCUAUCCUCACUUCCCAUAUCUUGGAAAUUUUCUAUCUCAAAAAGCAAAUGGUGUUGAAGAGGCACAACACCAAAUCCACAGGCUCGAUAAACAUUUUCCAUAUUGUGAUAUCAGACAUGAUAUUAAACUCAGAAUUUGUCACACAGUAAUUCUUCAGUGCUUCUUCAUAAUGCCACACCUUGGAAAAUCAUAGAUGGCAUAUCAAGACCAAGAACCGCAUCGUUAACACAGCUUUCACAACAUAAUUCUGUAAAACUGAGAUUACCCAAGUUUUUCGCAGCACUCCUGAUUGUUAGAAGCACUCCCUGAACAUUUCACUGCUACAAGUUCUUUCAUUGAUGUUUUAAUAUAUUAACAUGGACUGAAUACUAACUCCACCGACUGCACCCCCCCCCCCCCCCCCAUUCCAGCUUCCUAAAGCUUUGCGAGGUAGCCCUUCAGCAGCUGGUUGUGUUAUUGUUUCCAUCUGAAUCCAAUGGCAAAUUUUAGAAUUCUUUUACUGUGCCAAAUGGUUUCCAGCUCUUGGUGUUAUUUGACACUGCAAAUUGAAAGCAUGUGAUGCUACUUAUAAAUCAAAAACAGUUGUAUUUUUCUUGAUCUAGGUUUGCAACUGAUUUACCAUCUGAGCAAUUACUCACUCCUUUUCAUAGGACUUUGGAGUGAAACAUUGAAUUAAAGUCAAUUGUUGUAUCUCGCUCUGUCUUCUGUCAGUAAACACCUUCCAUUAAGAUUAAACAAGUCAGCACUGAACAGAAUGUUUAGCACUAGUUGGACAGCUGGGCAUAUUUAUUUACCAAAUCUUUAGAACAGUGUGGUGCUAUAAACAGCAAUACUUUGUGUCAUGAAUGCAUGGAGAAAGAGAGAAUCAGAUUAUUUGCGGUAAUUAUGGGCUCAAGAACAUGCGACCAUAGACACAGGAUAAAAUUCAAGUGGUUUGGAACAGAAAACAGAGAAAUUCUUAAGUAGUGAGUUAAUAUCCAAGAUUUUUGUUCGUGCCAAAAUUAAAGAUUAACUUAAGUAGGUGGAUGAUGGAAAAAGAAUUCAGAAAUACGGAAACAGGGUGAACAAACUAAUAUAUCGCAUUCAGUAAAUAGAACGACUUACUUGUGUGGAGGGUAAUUGCUGACAGGGACUUGUUUCCAUGCUGUAAUUUUUUUUAACUACUUCAAUGCUUUAUAUUUGUAUUUAUGCAUUCAAAAUGCUUGGGAUUCUUCAGCAUUACUUUCAAAUACUAAUACAAGUGAUGAAAUAACGCAUUGUAAAUAGUAUGGAUCAGUAAUACUUGGUUUUACAUUUUAUUCCAUCAUUUAUUGAAUGCAAUAUCACAUAACUCAGUCAGAACUUUUGAAUAUAUUUAAUCAAUUAAACAUUCCUUGAUUACAGAUUCUCAAUAGUGCUUUAUUGACUGUGAUGACACAUAAUGGUUAACUACGUGGCACAAAAAAUUGGAAAUUUGUAUCUUGUACCUUUAACAUCCAUAUGUUAUAAUGUAUGCAUAACUUGCACCAAAGGUAGUAAUGUAGUCCCUUUUAGCACAGAUAUUCAUUGUAUUGAGGGGAAUAAAUCAGCUCAAAUCUAGUGUCUUAUAUUCCAGUAUGAAGUGGAUUGCCUGAAGAAUACGGCAAAGACUUCCGAAGUUACAAUAAACCAACUCCAUUGAAUAUUAUUCUGGUGCCAACUUCCUGAUUUUUGAGCUUUUACUGAGAUUUGUUCUUUAGAAAAAAAAGAUUAACUUUUUACUGAAGCAAAGUCAUUGCAGUGUGAAUAGGAAUGCUCUAUUCUUCUUCAAUUGCCCACAACAAAUACUGGCCGUAUAUUCUUUGGGCAAUUUGUUUCCCCAUAUGAAUGGCAUCAAUCAAAAAUAGUGGUAUUUUUGCACAUUAAAAGGGGCACUCUCUCGGGGAAUUAGCAUGCAAACUUACUGUAGUCAACUGAGCAAAAUAAUAAGAGCAUAAUGAUUGAUAAAGUUUUCAUUUCACAGAGGCUUAUUUCACUGAAAUAUGAUGGCUUGCAGGGAAAGGCUGCAAACAGCUUGUUCCAACUUGUAACAGGAACUGAAUCUGAGCUAAAAGAAAUCCCUUUCAAUGGUGCAUUCUUCCUUUGUUUACUGUACUCGAAAAUGAUUUAAUUUAUUAAAGAUGCCAAUCUUUUUCGAA